AUGGCUCGUGCCGGCGCCCGUGGAUCUGCUUGGUGGCUCAGGUGUGAUCUUCGCCUGGAUGACAACUUGGCUUUGAAGGCAGCAACUGAGGGAGCUCAAUCAUUCUUGCCGAUCUAUGUCUUUGAUCCAGAGAAGUUCAACACCCCAACCUUGGCAGGUGCUCGGAAGAGCAGCGCUCGUCGUGCUCGUUUCCUGGUGGAGAGUGUGCAGUGCUUGCGCCACAAACUGGAGCAGCGAGGGUCUGGACUCGCUGUUGCUCUGGGUCCUCCACAGGAGGUGAUUCCGAAGCUUGCUGAGAGCUGUGCCAGCGUUACUGUCACGAAAGGCUUCUGCAGUGAAGAACAGCAAGAGGAGCAUUUGGUGUCCAAGCGCUUGAAAGCGGGUGCUGAGCUACGAUCGGUUUGGGGUGGCACACUUUACAUGCCCGAGGAGUGCGGGCAGAACCCUGCCAGCACGCCCUUGCUGUUCACAUCCUUCAAGAACAAGGCCGAAGGCCGGGGACACAUCCGUGCGCCUGUGAGUGCGCCAAAGCAGUUGCCGCCAGUGCCCAACUUGGGAGAACUGAAGGAGGCACUGAGCUUUCUUCCCACGCUUCAGCAACUGGGCUAUGAGAAUGAAGAAGUGGAAGAAGCUCUACGCGAUGAUCCCAGAGGCGUGCUGCCCUUUCAAGGCGGAGAGGAUGCAGCUUUGGCCAGGCUGCAAAAGUGGAUGUUCGAUGAUAACCACCUGAAAGAUUACUUUGACAUUCGGAAUGGCAUGCUGGGUGAAGGCUUCUCGUCCAAGCUCAGUCCUUGGCUGGCCCUCGGCUGCAUUUCCCCGCGCCGCAUUUGGGCUGAGGCGAAGCGCUAUGAGACGGAAAGGAGAAUCCAGAACAAGUCCACCUACUGGCUUGUAUUUGAGCUCACUUGGCGGGACUUUUUCAUCUACAUGGCCUGGAGUCAGGGAGAUAAAAUCUUUCUACAUGGCGGCAUCACAGGAGACAGGACUGCAUGGAGGGGCUCCAAGGACAAGCUGCAAAGGUGGAAGGAAGGAACAACUGGCGACCAGCUGGUGGAUGCCAACAUGCGUGAGCUGAAGGCCACAGGCUUUAUGAGCAAUCGUGGCAGACAAAAUGUCGCUAGUUUUCUGAUCUUUGACCUGGGUGUGGAUUGGCGUCAUGGUGCAGCCCACUUUGAGGAGCUGCUCUUGGACUAUGAUCCCUGCUCCAACUGGGGGAAUUGGGUGGCUGCUGCGGGCCUCACAGGACAGCGGAUCAACAAGUUCAACACGAGGAAGCAGCUGCAAGACUAUGACCCCCACCGGGAGUAUGUGAAUCACUGGCUCCGGGGUGAUGGGCGAAAAGUCCAGACACAGACCGUGCUGACUUUUCAGCCGGCACGAGAGGAAGGCACGAACAACGGGCCGGAAGGUAAGAGAGGGAGAUGGGGACGCGACAAGGGGAAAGGUAAGGGCUAUAGCUCUGGGCAGAAGAGGCACCGUCAUUCGAGAUGGAUUCGACUAGUCACUGACCCUCUGACUGAGGUCCUGACCGCACUGGCACAAGCCAAAGAGGAGGAUUUGCUGCAAGAAUGCAUUCAGGCCUUCACCGAUGUUGCAACUGUCGAGCCGGACUUCUUCAAGGCACAGCUGGCGCAGAACUUGGAGCCCGCCAAGUUCAUGGCGACCGUCGCCCGGACGCGAGAGGCCUGCGAGUCUGGCUUGCGUGGUUUGGCCAUUGAGUGGCUGGUGAGCUAUGUGGAGAAGAGGCACAAGUUUCUCAGCAAAUCGGCCCCGGAUUUCAUCAAUCUCACCUUGGAGUGCUGCCUUGGGCUGAGUGUGUCUGCGUGGAGAGCGAGAGCGCCAGCUUCGGAGCCGAGCCAACCUGACCUGGUGGCCGGAGCGCCCGUUUUACACGGAGGCAUGAGCCUGAUGCUCGAAGUGGACGAUUCAGAAGAGAAGCUCAAGGUGGAAGACGUGCCUUUGGAUGAUGAUAGCACCAGCGAGGGAGGCUCCUGCAUGGUAAAGCAAUGUAUUCAACGAGCGGAAGGCGAAGCUCCAGCACGCGUGUGGGCAUCCAAAGGCAUCACGGGUCUCCUGGAGACCGUAGGGGGACGUCGAGUGGAAGAGGAGGUCCUGGAGAACAGCGUCUUGCUGAACGUGUACGAUGUCAGCGAUAGUGAUGUCAUCCAGAGGGUGAAUCGUAUCUUCACAGCUGAUGACACCGUCCUGGCUGGAGGAGUCUUCCAUGCAGGCGUUGAGGUCUAUGGGAAGGAAUGGUGCUAUGGAGCCACCGUGCCGGGUCGCAGUGGAGUGGGCGCUGUAAAGCCACGCUUACAUCCACAGCACCGGUAUCGUGCUACUGUGCAUAUGGGAAAUACUGAGAAGUCACCGGACGAAAUCAGCCGAAUCUUGGUAUGCCUGGAAGCGCUUAUGAUCUCAUCCAUCACAACUGCCUCACGUUUUGCAACGUGCGGAACUGAGGUGCAAUUGCAGGCAGAAGAAACCUUGCAAACGCUGAGGCGCGAUUCCCUUGCCGCCCUUGAGGCGGCCAAAGGUGGGACGCAGAAGUUCCUGGAGCGCGUGCAGGAGAGAAGCUUUGGACAGAGAGAGCAAGCGCAGCAGCCUUUGUCCGAGGCUUCCGAGCUGGCCGGUCGCGCCCGGGGGCCCGAGCUCGCCACGCUGGCCUGGUGGGGCCAGAGCUUCCAGGAGUCUGUCGGCAUGUCCGAGGCAGCGGUGCCAAACCUGUCCGACAUUGGCAAGAAGGCUGAGGAUAAUUGGCAGUCCUUCUCUGACAGCCUCCGCAGUUGGGGUGAGAACGUCACCAAGGACCUCAAGCAGACGCUGGAAGGGCCCAAUUCUUAA